AUGGAGUUUCGUAGUUACAGAAAGUUCUUGAAAUGGCUUGCAAGAGCUCCAAAACGGUGGAUUCUUCGCAACGAGAUACAGUUGGUAAGAUGUGACAAAAGUGGGUCAAACAACGAAUUAGAAAAUUGGAUUAAUUUCUUGUUGUAUCGAGAUUGGAAGAAUAUUAUUAAGCCAGACUAUUCGAUUUGGGAGGAAAGCAUCGAUGCAUGGACUUCCUUAAGUGUCCAACUGCAGUACUAUGGAUUCACACAAAUUCAAGGCGAUCACGGAUUGUUGGCGGCUGCUAUGAUGGAAGAGAAGUAUUACAAAGAUACUAAAAGAGCUGAAUUACUGAGAAAGAGAGCGCAGGACCUAUCAACUUCAUUUGAGAAAUUGUUCUGGAAUAAAGAGAAAAGGUACUUCGUCCAAGCCAUUUGGACAACAAAAAGUGAUCAUUGA